AUGUUAGUGCUUAUUUCACUUAUCCGAGUCGGACAAGCUCAAGCAGUGUUUAAACCAGUUCUGUCUGUGGAGCCGAAUUCACCUCAAAUAUUCAGAGGAGAGACGGUUACACUCACAUGUAGGAUUUCAGGAUGGAGUGGACUGUACUACUGGAACAAAGAUGGUGGUUAUAGUCACAGUUCUGCUGAAAAUUACUACACUAUAAAAGUAGAUCAGAGUCACAGAUACAGAUGUUACGGGUCUAUUGAUGGACGGUCAACGCCAUGGAGUAAUGAAGUGACUCUCUCAGUGAUAGAGAGACCAAAAGCCGUUCUGACUCUGCAGCCUGAUGGACAGAUAUUCAGUGGACAGGAAAUCACUUUCACAUGUGAAAUACGAGGACAUGCUGACACUGAGUGGAUGUACAACUGGAAUAAAGAUGGUGUCCAAAUAUCCUCCUACACUGAGAGCAGGAAAUAUUCAUUCACUCCUGUAGAGUCUCUCAGUGCUAAAUACACCUGCAGCGGACGGAGAAGAAGCGACUCUCAGACCUCAGAGACCAGCAACACUGUUACACUCACUGUGUCAGAAAAACCCAAACCGACUGUGAGAGUGAAUCCUCAGAGCUCCGUCUACACUGGAGACAGAGUUACUCUGAACUGUAAUCUGCUGUCUAAUGGAUGGACUUUCCUCUGGUACAAAGAUCGAGUCCAAGUAGCUGAAGACACCAACACACUCCAUGAUACAGUCUCUAAUGCAGGAGAAACAGUGUAUCAGUGUAAAGCACGCAGAGGAAACUACGACUCAGAGCUCAGUGAUACAGUUACACUUACAGUUAGAGCGCUCCCAAAACCUGUGGUGUCCAUAAAUCCUGAUGAACAGGUGUACCGAGGAGAGACUGUCACUCUCAGAUGUGACCUACAGGAUGAAGAGGACUCUGACUGGAUCUACAGCUGGAAUAAAGAUGGUUCUGGUGUCAGUAGUGAACAGGAGUACAGAAUCAGUAGUGCUGAAACAUCUCAUGCAGGUAAAUACACCUGUAGAGGAAGAGAGAGAGGAGGCUCACACUCCUCACACACCAGUGAUGCUGUUACACUGACUGUAUCAGAUGAUGUUGCUGGACCCAGUGAUGUGAUUUACACUGAGCUUGAAAUCAAGCCACAGAAAAAAGCAAAGAAAAAUCAAGUGAAGGUCAGUGUAGAGUAUGGAACUGUUUAUUCACAGCUGAAGCAGAACUCAUAG